CUCCACACCGAAGAUAAACACAUUCCUAUUUCUGCAUAGUAUGGGGUAAGUACCGUGAUCAUCGUACCGCCAGAGGAAACAUCAUGACGUCUCUGGCUUUGGGGCUGGGUAAAUGAGGCCUUGGCACACUAUCGGUGUCGGCUGGAGGCCGAAGUGCCCCGGUGAGGAUAAAUGAAAUAGCAGACAUGGCCGCAUUCUGUGCUGCCCGCUGCUGCUCCCGAUUGUCUUGAGCCUUCCAACCUCGAAAACCUGUUGAAACUUCGGAGCCAACUCCGUGCUCGACAAUGCACGUUCCAGAGAUUGCGGCUUUCGCCUUGCUGCGCGCAGGCCUCGCCGCUGCUCAACUCACGUAUGCUAGCAACCAGGUCGAGGUGAUCCCGGACAGCGAAGCGGUAGCGGCGAACUUCCCAGAAGUUGAAGAUGUUGAACUGCGCUCGCCCGCUUUCGCCAACCCAGACAGUGUCCCGGCGACCUUUGCCAAUGGCACGAGCGGCCCGACAGACCAGGCCACUCUCGGUGAGUCGAAUUAAAUUGGGAACCUUAACUCAUUGCCCAAAUCUAACGACUUAUGAUCGGCAGACUACUUCCUCCAAACUCUCGCGGCGCGCAAUGA